AGAGCGGGGUGCCCGCUCGCCGGGGUAUUUUUAGCCUCGCCGCCCCCGCCCUGCUGGGUGCCGGUGACACGGUGACGGUGACACGCUUCAAGGAGUCGCACUCGCACGAGUCCCUGCUGAGCCCCAGCAGCGCGGCCGAGGCGCUGGAGCUCAACCUGGAUGAGGACUCCAUCAUCAAGGCGGUCCACAGCAGCAUCCUGGGCCAGGAGUUCUGCUUCGAGGUGACCACGGCCUCGGGGACCAAAUGCUUCGCCUGCCGCUCGGCCGCCGAGAGGGACAAGUGGAUCGAGAACCUGCAGAGAGCGGUGAAGCCCAACAAGGUGAGGGACCGGCGGGUGGACAACGUCCUGAAGCUGUGGGUGAUCGAGGCGCGAGACCUCCCGCCCAAGAAGCGCUACUACUGCGAGCUGUGCCUGGACGACAUGCUCUACGCCCGCACCACCAGCAAGGCGCGGACCGACAACGUCUUCUGGGGGGAGCACUUCGAGUUCAACAACCUGCCGGCCGUCCGCACCAUCCGCCUCCACCUCUACAAGGACACCGACAAGAAGCGCAAGAAGGACAAGAGCAACUACGUGGGGAUGGUGAGCAUCCCCAUCGCCAGCGUCACCGGGCGGCACUUCGCCGAGCAGUGGUACCCCCUCAGCCAGCCCAGCGGCAGCAAGAGCAAGGCGGGGUGUCCGGCGCUGCGCGUCAAGAGCCGCUUCCAGACCAUGAGCAUCCUCCCCAUGGAGCUCUACAAGGAGUUCGCCGAGUACGUCACCAACAACUACCGGAUGCUCUGCGCCGUGCUGGAGCCCGUGCUCAGCGUGAAGAGCAAGGAGGAGGUGGCCUGCGCCUUGGUGCACAUCUUGCAGAGCACCGGCAAGGCUAAGGACUUCCUGUCGGACAUGGCCAUGACGGAGGUGGAUCGCUUCAUGGACCGGGAGCACCUGAUCUUCCGGGAAAACACCCUCGCCACGAAAGCCAUAGAGGAGUACCUGAAACUCAUCGGCCAGAAAUACCUCAAGGAUGCCAUCGGCGAGUUCAUCCGGGCGCUGUACGAGUCGGAGGAGAACUGCGAGGUCGACCCCAUGAAGUGCUCGGCCUCCACCUUGGCCGACCACCAGGCCAACCUCCGCAUGUGCUGCGAGCUCGCCCUCUGCAAGGUGGUCAACUCGCACUGCGUGUUGCCCCGGGAGGAGGUCUUCGCCUCGUGGCGGCUGCGAUGCGCCGAGCGGGGCCGCGAGGACAUCGCCGACCGGUUGAUCAGCGCCUCGCUCUUCCUGCGGUUCCUCUGCCCCGCCGUGAUGUCCCCCAGCCUCUUCGGCCUCAUGCAGGAGUACCCCGACGAGCAGACCGCCCGCACCCUCACCCUCAUAGCCAAGGUCAUCCAGAACCUGGCCAACUUCACCAAGUUCGGCAGCAAGGAGGAGUACAUGGCCUUCAUGAACGAGUUCCUGGAGCUGGAGUGGACCAGCAUGCAGCAGUUCCUCUACGAGAUCUCCAACCUGGACACCCUCACCAACAGCACCAGCUUUGAGGGCUACAUCGACCUGGGCCGCGAGCUCUCCACCCUGCACGCCCUCCUCUGGGAGGUCAUGUCCCAGCUCAGCAAGGAGGCCCUGCUGAAGCUGGGCCCGCUGCCCCGGCUGCUGACGGACAUCAGCGUGGCCCUGCGCAACCCCCACCCCCGGCCCCCCCCCCCCCCGGCGCGCCAGCCGAGCCAGGGGGAGCGGCUGCCCCCCAAGGGGCUGGUGCUGCGGGGGCCCUCGGCCGACCUCCAGCCCUACCUCGUCCGUGACCUCAACAGCUCCGUUGACCUCCAGUCCUACAUGGUGCGGGGCCUCAACAGGUGGUUCCUGGAGCUGGAGUGGACCAGCAUGCAGCAGUUCCUCUACGAGAUCUCCAACCUGGACACCCUCACCAACAGCACCAGCUUUGAGGGCUACAUCGACCUGGGCCGCGAGCUCUCCACCCUGCACGCCCUCCUCUGGGAGGUCAUGUCCCAGCUCAGCAAGGCCUCGCAGACGCCGUCGACGCUGAACCCGGUGAUGCCGGCGGCGGAGCGCACGGUGGCCUGGGUGUCCAACAUGCCGCACCUCUCGGCCGACAUCGAGAGCUCCCACAUCGAGCGCGAGGAGUACAAGCUGAAGGCGUACUCCAAGUCCAUGGACGAGAGCCGGCUGGACCGGGUAGGGACCACCGGCGGACCCAGGCGUCCGGGGCUGGGGGCCAGGGGUCCUGGGAACCCCGGUGUCCAGGGCCCAGGAGAUGAUCCUGAUGGACCCAGGUCCCAGGAGAUGACCCUGAUGGAACAGGGGUUUCCGUUGUCCAAGCCCCAGGAGAUGAUCCUGAUGGACCCAGGUGCCCAGGUCCCAGGAGAUGACCCUGAUGGCCCCAGGUCCCAGGAGAUGACCCUGAUGGACCCAGGUGUCCAGGCUCCAAGAGAUGACUCUGAUGGACCAAGGUCCCAGGAGAUGACCCUAAUGGAAGCAGGGUUUCAGUUGUCCAAGCCCCAAGAGAUGAUCCUGAUGGACCCAGGUGUCCAAACUCCAGGAGAUGACCCUGAUGGACCCAGGUCCCAAGAGAUGAUCCUGAUGGACCCAGCUGUCCGUCAGGUAGCGCGGGCCAGCCCGGCCAUUGUCACGGGACCCUCGGCCUCCGGUGACACGCCAGCUGUCCGUCAGGUAGCGCGGGCCAGCCCGGCCAUUGUCACGGGACCCUCGGCCUCCGGUGACACGCCAG